CCGCGACGCAACCCGCUUGCCGCGUUCAUUACCAAAUCAACGCUGACAUAUUGACAAAAGUGUAACUGAAAAGUGACUAAGUUGUGCUGUUAAGUUUAUGUAUUGAAGUGGGACGUGAUUACGAAGUGUUUGUGCGAACUAUAGCUCGGACCGGCGCAGGUAGGGGAGUGUCACGUGUGUUUACGAAUGAAUGUGACGGCGUAGGCGCAGUCGCGACGGAUCGCACUGUUCGUGAGAUAUUCGUGCGCGCGCAGGUCGCGGCCAUGCUGCAUACCUGACCAGAGCGAGUGCGCGGCUUGCGCGAACGGGACACAGACAGCGUUCCCGGUACGCGUCGACUUUCGCUGACGAGGAAUGGACUUUGCGAUGUUUUUGUCGUUGUCAUGACGAGGAUGUGGCGAUGGCACGUGGCGCUGGCGGUGCUGGCGCUGCUGGGUGGCGCAGGCGUGACCGCCGUCGCCGAGCAGAUGCAGUCGCGCGCCGCCGACACCGGUGUCGAUCUUCGAGUCCCCGAGGAUCAACCGAUCGGUACUCUUGUCGGUAGGAUUCCAAUUAAGCCUGGCUUCACGUACCGUUUUAAUGAGCCUCCCAAAGAAUUUGUUCUCGACCCUGUAUCUGGCGAGAUAAGGACGAAUGUAGUGCUGGACCGGGAAACUGUUGAUCGCUAUGCGUUCGUGGUGCUCUCAAGUCAGCCCACGUAUCCUAUAGAAGUGCGAUUAAGGGUAACGGAUGUAAACGAUAAUUACCCAGAGUUCCCGGAACCUAGUAUCGGUGUGACGUUAUCGGAAAGUACAGCUGCGGGAACUAAGCUUCUUCUCGAUGCAGCGACUGAUAAGGAUUUAGGUGAGAAUGGUAUCACUAAUGACUACAGAAUAAUAGACGGCGACACUGAAGGGAAAUUUAGACUGAACGUUACCGUUAAUCCGAGCGGUCAGACUUCUUAUUUGCAUUUAGAAACUACAGGAAAACUAGACAGAGAAACAACAGAUUUUUACGUGUUAAACAUCUCUGCCCGCGAUGGCGGUAAUCCUCCGAAAUUUGGAUACCUUCAAGUGAAUGUUAGCAUAUUGGAUGUAAACGACAACCCGCCUAUAUUCGACCAAAGUGAUUUCUCUGUGUCGUUGAAUGAGAGCGUGCCUCCUGGAACCACUGUCUUAAAAGUAACAGCCACUGAUAAUGAUUUAGGAGACAAUAGUAAAAUUACGUACGAGGUCAUGGACACAGAAAAACAGUUCGCCGUAGAUCCUGAAUCGGGCGUGAUAACAACUAGUAGAAUAUUAAACUGUCCUAAAUAUUGUAGUAAUGCUACAUGUAACAUGACAUGUGUAUUGACAGUCAUAGCUAAAGAUCACGGUGUACCACGACAAGAUGCCCGGACUUAUGUCACUGUCAACCUCAUUGACGCCAACGACCACAAUCCAAUUAUUACGUUCACAUAUGUACCACCGACCGCAAAUUUUGCUACAGUCGAUGAAAAUGCCAAGAAUGGGUCACUUGUUGCCGCCAUCACUGUUACUGAUUUGGAUGCCGGCUUGAAUGGCAUAACUAGCAUCAGUAUAGUGGCUGGUAAUGAACUCAAUCAUUUUCGUUUGGAGAAUUCUUCUAGUGUGUACAUAGUUCAUGUUAAUGGCAUAUUGGAUAGAGAAGAAAUAAGUAAGUACAAUUUAACUGUUGUUGCUACUGAUCGCGGCUCUCCCCCGCGGACGACCACCUCGUUCUUGGUCAUUCAUGUGAACGACGUUAAUGAUCAUGAGCCUGUAUUCGAGAAAUCAGAAUAUUCUACUAUUCUAACAGAACUUGCUCCGCCUGGAUCGUACGUUGCUAGUAUUACCGCCACAGACGAAGACACUGGAGUUAACGCUGAAAUAUACUAUGACUUCUAUGACGGAAAUCAGCAGCACUGGUUUGAAAUUGAUCAUUUAACUGGAUUGGUUACAACAAAGACCAUUUUAGAUCGGGAAGUUCAAGGAUCAGUAGAAUUAAAUGUUUCCGCUAGAGACGGUGGUCCGAAUCCGAAAUGGGCAUAUACAAGAUUGAAAGUGACAAUACUCGAUGAAAACGACGAAGCCCCGAGUUUUCCACAAAGUCAAAUAAAUGCGACCCUUCCGGAAAAUAUAAAGCCUAUUAAGGAAAUAUUGAUUCUUACAGCAUCAGAUUAUGAUCAAGGUACUAAUGGUUCGGUGUCUUACUAUUUACCACCGAGUAUGGAAAGAAAGUACCCAAAUACAUUUGUGCUAGACCCAAUCACAGGACAGCUGAGUACAGUCACUGAGCUAGACAGAGAAAAGGUAGCAAUGUAUGAAUUGCAAGUGCUUGCAAAAGACCAAGGCUUUCCACCACAAUCUUCAACAGCGACGGUGUAUUUAAAAGUUUUGGAUAUUAAUGACAACGAUCCGGUGUUUUAUCCUAGAAGAUAUGUCGCUAGCAUAGGUCCAGAAAUGACACCAGGCUCAAAAGUUUUGCAAAUAAAAGCGUUUGACCGAGAUGAAGGUGAAAAUUCCCGCAUAAUGUUUAAACUUGAAAGUGGCGGAGAUGGUUAUUUUGAAAUUGAACCAUGGACCGGUAACAUAAUUUUACAAAAAGAUUUUCGUACUGCUGCUGAAACUAUUUAUACUUUAAAAAUUUCUUGUAAAGAUAAAGGAAAUCGAAAAGCAUUCGAGGAUGCCAUAGUUGAAAUAAUUAAAAUGUCUCAACGUAAAGAUUUGCAAUUUGAUGGACACAAUGGGUACAAUUUUAAAGUGGUCGAAGACGAAGGUUUGUCUACACCUAAUAUAGGCCGGUAUGUUGGUAAAGUUAACGCCGUAAUUUCAAGUGACAACUUAUCGUAUUACAUUAUAGAAGGAGACCCCAACCAAGUUUUUAAAAUUGAUGAGAAAUCUGGUAUAAUUACCACUGAAUCGAAUGUUGACAGGGAAGAGAAGAUGACAUAUUAUUUAAAAGUUAUGGCUAAGACUGGCGUAGCGUUUGGAUUUACUACAGUAAACAUUUCUGUUUUGGAUGUUAAUGAUAAUUAUCCAUUCUUUAUUGAGGAUAGGGAUGAAAUUCACAUACCUGAAAACAUGGCAGUAGGACAAGAAGUAUUAUUUGCGAGAGCAGCUGAUCGUGAUUCUGGAUCAAAUCGGACUCUAUUUUAUAAACUGACGUGCAAUCCAGAGAAUUAUUUCCGUAUUUCAGAUACCACUGGUGUUAUUUAUUUGAAUAAGCCUAUUUCAACAGAGCCUGGAAACGUUUUAUUGAUAGAAGUGACUGCGACUGACAAUGGUUCUCCUGCACUUGCCACGAAGAACUCGAUAUCAAUUAUAGUAGAUGACAUUAAUGACCACACUCCAGUUUUUGAUCAUACUUCAUACGAAACUUCACUGUUGGAAUCCACGCUAGUGAAUACAAGAUUUUUUGCAAUUUCUGCUUCAGAUGCGGAUCUAAAUCUCAACGGUCGCAUUUCAUAUGACAUAGAAGAGGGUAAUACAGAUGAAAAAUUUGGUAUAUUUCCAGAUGGCUAUCUCUAUGUGAAGAGUCCGUUAGAUAGAGAAGAAAGAGACUAUUAUUCAUUAACUAUCGUAGCCACAGAUCAUGGCACUCCCCCCAGAUCAUCGCAGGUGCCAGUAGUAAUACAUGUUUUGGAUGAAAAUGAUAACAGCCCGCAAUUCACGAAUACAACAUUCAUCUUCAAAAUCAAAGAAAACGAACCUCCAGAUACUUUUGUUGGCAAACUAACCGCGACCGACAAAGACAUAGGACGAAAUGCAGAGCUGACAUUUUCACUACCCAUUGCCCAAAGUGACUUUAAAAUCGAUGCGCGGAACGGUUUCAUAAAAACAUUGAAAACUUUUGAUCGGGAAACAUUGGCCCAUAAUAGUGGUCAAAAUUAUAUAACAUUGACAGUUACAGUCAGUGAUAACGGUAAAAUUAAACUUUAUGAUUCCGUUAGGGUUACAAUUUACAUAACAGAUGUAAACGACAAUGCUCCUAUAUUUACGCGGACUCCUUACAAAAUCGAAGUAUCCGAAGGAGCCGCAAUUGGGGCCUCUAUAAUGCGAGUUUAUUCAACCGAUGCUGAUGAAGGCUUAAAUGGCGAUAUAUAUUACAAAUUGGUUGGAGGCGAUGAUCUAAGAAAAUUCUCCUUAGACGAAGCCACAGGUCAACUGCAGAUUCGUAAACGAUUAGAUCGAGAAACUAAGGAUCAAUAUCGCCUUACAAUCUUGGCUCAUGAUUCAGGACAAUUUGUACAGCUAUCUUCAACAGCAACUGUUAUUAUAGAUGUAUUAGAUGAGAACGAUAACGCUCCAGUUUUCUUUGUAACAGAAAAAGAAGUAUCUGUUUUGGAAACGGAACCUGUUAAUAAAAAGAUCAUUCAAUUUCUUGCCAGAGACGCUGAUUUGGGUAUAAAUAGUGAAUUACAAUAUUCAAUCACAUCCGGAAAUAGGAAAGAAGCAUUUUUUAUUGAUAGUUAUUCUGGAGAAUUAUUCUUGCACAAAAAACUGGAUUAUGAAGAUUUAACUUCAUAUGUAAUGAACAUCACGGCGACUGAUAGUGGUAGUCCAAGCUUGUCAUCGAGUGUUUUAUUUACUGUUAAUGUUAUCGACGCCAAUGACAAUGCGCCUAUUUUUACUAAUACUGCUAUUGUGCGUCAAAUCAGAGAAGGUAUUCCAAAACACACUCCAAUUGUUACGGUAACUGCAGAAGACCCAGAUUCAGGUCUGAAUGGUAAGGUUUACUAUUCUAUAACUCAUCAAGAACCGUUUAAUAAUAAACGACAUUUUGCUAUCAAUAAUGUGACUGGAGUGAUACACACAUUAUUACCUAUAGACAGAGAAAGUAUUGAUACCUUUCGUAUAACUGUCGCGGCGUACGACAGAGCUGAGCCUCCUUCAAUACGGUUAUCGGCCGAAAAACUCGUUACUGUAAUCGUAGAGGAUAUAAACGAUAACGCUCCCGUGUUUGUUUCUAUGAAUGCUGCUGUAAUAAGUUCAGAAAGAAUGGGAAGAAGCGCCAAUCGUGGAAUCUUCAUUAUGAAUGUUUUAGCGCGUGAUUUAGAUUCGGGUACUAAUGGCUUAGUGACUUAUAAGCUAAUUCACGGUGGCAACGAUUUAUUCGAUUUACAUAGAAGCAAUGGCGCGCUGGUACUCCGAUACCCUCCCGCAACUCCUGAAGCCAGGUGGAAUCUUGUCAUAAAAGCAACAGAUGAGGCAGUAUUAAGUGAGCAAAAAAGUACCGAAACAUAUCUCAAUGUUAUUAUGGGUGGAAACGAACUCGAUAGUAUUGUGUGGACAAAUGUGGGCAUGGUGUCUGUGGCUGAAAACGAGCCCCCAGGCACCGCAGUGUUAAACUUAACAAACAAUUAUAGAUCAGGCUUAGAAUACUAUAUAGUGAAUGUGACUGGUAACGGUAGACAAGUGGACAGACUAUUUGAUAUCGACUCAGCGCUGGGCAUCUUAUCUACAGCCGUUUCCUUAGACCGCGAGGCGGGCACAGACCGUUAUGAAGUUGAAAUUUGUGCUGUUACGUCAGUGCCGCCUUUGAAAACUGCCACAACAAAGGUUGAAGUUGUGAUCCUGGAUAAGAAUGACAGCCCUCCCGAAUUUGUGAAUAUUCCGGCUGCUUACAUGGCUUCAGAAGACUUGGCACCGGGACAGAGGGUCGCUACUAUAACCACAGAAGACCCUGACACCAUCGGCACUAUCACGUACACUAUACAGAACGAGGAACCGACUCCUUUCACUCUGGAUUCUAGUACUGGUGUCCUAACGCUAAAAGACCCAUUAGAUAGAGAGACAGUUCCGGAAUAUAAAGUUAUCGUCAGAGCUGAAGAUGGGAUUCAAUUUACCGAUGUGACUAUAACAGUUCAGGUAACGGACACCAACGACAACCCGCCCGUUUUCAAAGAAAGCGCAUACUCUUUCGACAUUCCCGAGAACGCAGCGAGAGGUUCUGUGGUGGGCACCGUGGCGGCCAUUGACCCUGAUUCCGGGCCAAACGCUCAAUUGACGUACACUGUCAUAUCGGACUGGGCCAAUGACGUCUUCUCGCUCAAUCCUCAGACCGGAGUCUUCACGCUCACUGCUAGACUCGACUAUGAAGAGAUACAACACUAUAUACUAGUCGCGCAGGCACAGGACAGCGGUCACCCAUCAUUAUCGGGGACUGUUACAGUAUACGUGAAUGUAAUCGACCUCAAUGAUAACGCGCCUCUGUUUGAUCCAAUGAGCUUCUCUAACGAAAUACUAGAAGACGUUACCAUCGGAUCUUCAGUGGUGACAGUCAGCGCAACGGAUUCAGACUCAGGCUUAAAUGGAAAAAUUCGAUACAGCAUCACAUCCGGAGAUGAAAACAAAGAUUUCGGGAUUGCCGACAAUGGCACUAUUUACACAGAGAGAUAUUUAGACAGAGAAAAGCUACCAAUUUACAACCUUGUUGUGACUGCAAGGGAUUCAGCCAAGCCACCCGAACCUCAGUUGUCGUCUACUGUUCAAGUGACGAUACAACUGAAGGAUGUGAACGACAUGGCUCCUGAAUUUAUAACACCGAAUGUAACAUCUAUAUCUGAAAACAUUCCUCUUAAUACAGUUGUCAUGACCAUUAAAGCGAUUGAUAAAGAUGAAGGGAGAAAUGGAUACGUUGAAUAUUUCAUGAUGCCUAACCCAGAAAUUAACGGAUAUUUCUCGUUGGGUAAUGUAGAUGGAAUUAUAAGAGCAACUGGAAAACUGGAUAGAGAAUUAAAAUCAAAUUACAUAAUUACCGUCACUGCAAAAGAUAGAGGCGACCCUCCUAACGUUACUAAGAUGGAUAUAAAAAUUAGUAUUAUAGAUGAAAACGACAAUAGUCCAGUUUUUGAUCCUAAGCAAUACAGUGCAUCAGUUCCGGAAAAUGCUAGCAUCGGAGCCAGCGUGCUUCAGGUCUCAGCUACUGAUGUUGAUGAAGAUGCUAAUGGCAGAGUUCGGUAUUCAAUAGCUUCUGGUGAUGAAAAUAGAGAUUUUAGUAUCAGUGAAGAUACCGGAAUUGUUAGAGUGGCAAAAAAUCUCAAUUUCGAAAGAAAAUCACGGUAUCUUCUGUCUAUUAAAGCAGAGGACUGCGCAAAAGAUGAUGUUAGGUUCGAUACUGCAGAAAUUGCCAUCUCUAUUCAAGAUAUUAAUGAUAACCCACCAACGUUUUUGGAUUCACCGUAUUUGGCAUACGUAAUGGAAAAUGUUAUUCCACCUAAUGGUGGUUUUAUAAUAUCAAUCCUUGCUUAUGAUGCUGAUUCACCACCAUUUAACAAUCAAGUUCGUUAUUUUAUAAAAGAAGGAGAUGCAGAUGUUUUUAAAAUUAAUGCGUCUUCGGGACAAAUAUCACUUCUUAGGACCUUAGAUCGCGAAGUACAAGAUGAAUAUACCCUUGCACUGGUCGCCAUGGAUACUGGAUCGCCACCUCUUACAGGAUCUGGUACUGUAAAAAUAAUUGUACAAGAUGUAAACGAUAAUAGUCCAGAGUUUGAAAGACAAAGUUACAAGACUAGUGUAAAAGAAAACUUACCUUCAGAAACAAUGAUUUUUCAUGCAAAAGCUACCGAUAAAGAUACGGGGAACAAUGCUAAGAUAAGAUACAGUGUACUUGGAGAUAAAUCAGAACGAUUUAAAAUAGACCCUAAUACUGGUAUGCUAUAUACUAAUGAGACAUUAGACCGGGAGGAAUGGGAUGUAUAUUACUUAAUUUUAAUGGCCCAGGAUUCAUCGACAACUGAUCCUCGAACUGCAACUGCAAAUUUGACGAUUGUUGUUGAAGACGAAAAUGACAAUACACCGACGUUCCCACAUCCCGUAUAUGAAACACAAAUUUCUGAAAGGACUAUGAAAGGAAAUUUUGUCUUUGGAGUUAAAGCCACAGAUAAUGAUAUUGGAUUGAGUAAAAAAAUUGAAUAUGAUUUAGAAGGAGAACACAAGCAUUUGUUUACCAUCAACAAAGAGACGGGUGUCAUAAAAGCAAAAGAGAAUCUUAUUACUUAUAAAGACAAAAGUAUAUCAUCGUUCAAUUUGGUAAUCACUGCAAAAGAUAGCGGAACACCACCAAAAGAAAGUUCAGCUGAAUUGAUACUUAUUCUCAAAUCCGUCAGAAACUUUCCAAAGUUCUCUGUGACUAACAAGCUUUCGUUUACAUUUUCCGAAGAUACUCCAGAAGGUGUAUUAGUCACAAGGCUAUCAGCUACAUCUCCAAAAUCCGGUCCUGCUGGGCUAUUACAAUAUGGAAUAGCGGGAGGAAAUAUUGGUGAUGCACUACGUGUAGAUCAAAUGAGUGGAGAAGUUUUUUUAACUGGAAAAGGUUUGGAUUACGAAACAAUGCCAUUAUAUGAAGUAUGGCUUGAAGCAAAAGAUUCUGAUAACCCUCCUUUGAAAUCUUUUAUCGAAGUUGAAAUAAAAGUCACAGAUGCCAAUGACAAUGCUCCCAUAAUAGAAAAUUCUUUGUACAAUGCUACAGUGUUGGAAGAAGAAUCCCCUCCUCAGUUGGUGGCAGUAAUUCAUGCUUUUGAUUACGAUUCUAAUGAAAAUGGACGAAUAUCUUAUAAAUUAGUAAAUGAUUACGAUGAAACAUUUAGUAUAGAUUCUGAAACAGGUGAAAUAUAUACAAAUAUGGCACUUGACCGUGAGUCUAUACCAUAUUAUGAAAUAAUUGUUGAAGCUGAAGAUCAUGGCCUUCCACAGUUAAGCGGCACAUCAACAGUAAUAAUAACAGUUUUGGAUAAAAAUGACAACCCUCCUAGAUUCACAAGGCUGUUUAGUGUUAAUGUAACUGAAAAUGCAGAAAUCGGUUCCUUUGUAAUAAGAGUGACCAGUUCUGAUUUGGAUACUGGGUCAAAUGCAAAUGCUACGUAUAGUUUUGUUGAAAAUAUUGGAAAUAAAUUUAUUAUUGAUCCAAUCUCUGGAAAUGUUACUGUGGCAGGUUCCUUAGAUAGAGAAAUACAGGACGAAUAUAUUUUGAAAGUCGCUGCUAUCGACGGAGCAUGGCGAUCUGAAACAGCCCUUACCAUAACUAUACAAGAUCAAAAUGAUAACGCACCUGAAUUUGAGUACUCCUAUUAUAGUUUUAAUUUUCCUGAAAUGCAAUUUAAGAACAGUUUUGUUGGACAAGUAAUCGCUACGGACAGAGACAAACAAGGCCCAAAUUCGAUAAUAUCAUAUUCGUUACAACAACCAUCAGAUUUGUUCUCAAUAGAUCCAGCGACUGGAGAGAUUUUAAGUAAAUUCACCAUGAAUUAUAAAAGAACGUCCACAAAUUCAUCUCCGGAAAACACAUAUUCUGUCGUUGUUGUAGCUACAGAUAAUGGGAAACCUCCAAUGUCAUCAGAGUGCUUAGUGAUCAUAAACGUUGUCGAUGCAAACAAUAAUGCACCCAAAUUCAGGGAUCAUGAGAAACUAAUACCUAUUCCUAAAGAAGCCACUAUUGGUGAAAAAAUAAUAAAAAUGAAAGCAGAAGACAACAUGGACUUUGGAAUAAAUGCUGAAGUUGAAUAUUACGUGUCUGGUGGUAAUGGUUCGUCGUACUUGACUAUUGACCCAAAUAGUGGGUGGAUUAUCGUAAACAAACAAUUUUAUUAUUUAGGGCAAUACUAUGAACUGAAAAUAAAAGCUACAGAUCGCGGUGUGCCGCCACAAUCAGACGAAACAUCAAUCGUUUUUGUUGUGACCGGUGAAAAUAUGUACAGCCCAAAAUUCACGGCUUUAAGCUAUCAAGUUAUAGUGCCUGAAAAUGAACCUGUAGGUUCGUCAAUUUUGACUAUACAGGCUAGUGAUGAAGAUAAUGGACCUAAUGGAAUUAUUCGUUAUUCCAUUUCGUCCGGAAAUGAAGGAAACGAAUUUCAAAUACAUUCUAUAUCUGGUGCAAUUAGCAUAAUGCGACCGCUCGAUUUUGAUACAAUACAGGAAUAUCGACUCAAUAUCACAGCCAAUGAUCUUGGCUUUAAGUCAAAGAAAGCAACAGCGACAUUGACUAUUAUUUUGACAGACAUUAAUGAUAAUGCACCUUUUUUUAAUCAAACAACCUACGUCGCAUUUUUGCCUGAAAACUCACCUUUAAACACGUUUAUUUAUAGAGUGACCGCUGUAGAUAUCGAUUCACCAAAAAAUGCAAUAAUCAAGUAUUAUUUAAACUCUAAUAUGCUAUCAUUAUUUUACAUUGAUGAGAACACCGGAGAAAUAUAUUCGAAAGAAGUAUUUGAUUUUGAAGAAAAAAACCUGUAUGAUUUAACAGUGAGAGCUGAAAACCCCGAUUCGUCAAUGAAAAACACAACCAAUAUUAUCAUUCAUAUAACAGGCGUUAACGAAUACUAUCCAAAAUUCAAACAACCAGUUUUUCAUUUCGACGUAUCAGAAUCAGCCGAAGUUGGAACAAAUGUUGGAGUUAUACAAGCUACAGAUCAGGAUAGUGGUGAUGAUGGAAUAAUCUAUUACUUAUUUGUUGGUUCAAGUAAUGAUAAAGGUUUUGGAAUCAAUUCUCAAACUGGCGUUAUUCGAGUGGCACGGUAUUUGGACAGAGAAACUCAAAAUAGAGUAGUAUUAACAGUACUUGCAAAAAACUCUGGAGGUAUUCGAGGUAACGACACUGAUGAAGCACAAGUGAUAAUUUCAAUCCAAGACGGUAAUGAUCCUCCAGAGUUUGUACGCCUUAAUUAUGAAGCUACAGUAUCUGAGGGAGCUUAUAUUGGCCACGAAGUUAUUCAGGUACAGGCUGUAGACAAAGAUGUAAGGCCACAAAAUAAUCAAUUCAGCUUCUCAAUUAUCGGCGGAAAUAUUGAACAAAGUUUCAAAAUAGAUCCACAGAAUGGUAAAAUAGAAGUAGCAAGGAAGUUAGAUAGAGAGAAACUACCUGCAUACUCAUUAAUAGUUGGUGCAAUAGAUACCGGCUCACCACCCCAAACAGGAACAGCGACAGUCAAAAUAAUGUUGACUGAUAUAAAUGACAACGGUCCUAUUUUCGACAUCAAUUCUUUUGAAGGAUCAGUGUACGAGAAUGAGCCACCUAACACCAGCAUAACAACAUUAUCAGCGACAGAUCCAGAUUUGCCACCAAAUGGUGCACCUUUUACGUACUCCAUUAUAGGUGGGAAACAUGAGAGCUUUAUAAAUGUAAAUAAGCAUACAGGCGUAUUAUCCACAGCCAGGAAAAUCGACAGGGAAGCUACACCGAUACUCGAAAUAAGUAUACAAAUUGAAGAUAGUGGAACACCUGUAAUGCGAUCUAAAUAUGAUAUAUUAAUAAAAGUUCUCGACCGAAAUGAUAAUCCGCCGACUCCUCGAUCGGUUCAUGUUGUUGUAUAUGCAUUUAAUAACAAAGUGCCAAAUGGAAAAAUUGCUGACGUUAAACCUAAUGAUCCUGAUAUUAUUGGUGACUAUAAAUGUAAGAUUAUUCGAGAUUCUACUUCAGAUAGAACACUUUCACUAUUGAAUAUCAGAUCUGGAUGUGACCUCUACACUAAUACUAUAAAACCUGGUCAAGGUUAUUCUUUUUCAGUGCUGGGUAAUGACGGUAUUCACAAAGACGUCAUAUCCUCAGUAAGUGUCGAAUACUUUUCUUUUGACAACACCACUGUGGAAGAAUCGGUCACCAUCAGAGUUAUGAAUAUGACGGCAACAUUUUUUUUAACACAUUUCUAUCGCAGUUUGUUGGAAAUUCUUAACGCCAAGCUAGACAAAAAUAAGGAAACCAUUUUUUUAUACGGCGUCAAUGAAGUACCCAACUAUUUAGACCUAACAGUAGCCUUGAAAGGAAACAACUCUAUUUCUAAGAAAGAAUCAACAGAACAUUACUUAAAAAAUAAAGAAUUCGAAAUCACUACAUUAUUAAAGCACGAAAUUACUAUCGGAUAUUAUCCAUGCUCGUCACAUCGAUGUCAAAACGGUGGCUUAUGUACGAAUUCCAUUAAGAUUUUAGAAGACACAAAAAUUAUAGAUAGUUCAGCUAUUAUCUUAUCUUCACCUUUCGUUAAACAUGAUUACGAAUGUCAUUGUGCUGAAGGAUUUAUGGGAAAGAAUUGCGAAAAACGUCAAGAUCCUUGUUCACCUAAUCCUUGCCGCUAUGGAGGACAUUGUCGAAAACAAGGACAUGAUUUCUUAUGUACUUGCCCUGUUCGCCGUGAUGGGAAAACUUGCGAAUUAGAAAAAAAUGACGUGUGCAGUAGCAGUCCUUGUAAAAAUGGAGGUUCUUGUAAAGAAAGUGCAGAUGGUAGUUCAUUCUUCUGUCUUUGUCGGCCCGGAUAUCGGGGUAAUCAUUGUGAAGCUCUGGUAGAUUCAUGUCGACCAAAUCCAUGCUUAUAUGGUGGAAUAUGUGUCAGCUUAAAACCUGGCUAUAAAUGUAGUUGUUCGGAUGGACGUUACGGAACCCAUUGUGAAAGCACAACAUUUGGAUUCGACGAACUAUCAUAUAUGCAGUUCCCGGCACUGGAUGCAUCGACCAAUGACAUCACGAUAAUUUUUGCAACAACGAAACCGGAUGCAUUACUUUUAUACAACUUCGGCGCGCAAACUGGAGGCAGAUCUGACUUCAUAGCUAUUGAACUACUUAAUGGAAAACCUAUUUUUUCUUUCGGGGGUGCAAGAACUUCAAUAACAUCUGUAGCCAUAUCGAAUCCAAAUAAAAAUUUAGCGGACGGCAACUGGCAUAAACUCACUGCAACAAGAAAUGGAAGGGUCAUAUCUUUGAGCACAACAUCUUGCACUGAUCACGGAGAUAUUUGUAUGGAAUGCGAACCUGGAGACGACUCCUGUUACAAUGAUGACACCGGACAAGCCGGAACUUUGAACUUCAACAACGAACCACUUUUGAUUGGAGGAAUUCACAAAGCUGAUCCUCUGUUAGAACGCCCAGGGCAAGUCCACUCUGAUGACUUCGUAGGAUGUAUGCAUAGCAUAACCAUAAAUGGUCGUUUGCUAAAUCUUUCAAAUCCUUUAAAUUCCCGAGGUGUUGAAGCAAAUUGUGGUCGAUCCGAAAAAGGAACAUGUUAUAAAAAAGCUAUGUGUGGAUUGGGAGAAUGCAUCGACCGGUGGAAAUCCAAUUUGUGUAAAUGUGAUGGUACUUUUAUUGCACCUGAUUGUUCAGCCGCCUUACAAUCUAUUUCAGUCGGAGAAACAGGGCUUAUAUCAUUUUCUAUAUCAGAAAAACAUCGGAGAAUGCAGUUAUUGGAUACAUUUUACAGCGGAAAUACCAUGUGGGAAAAACACGCUAAUAAAGUUCUUAGUAAAAUUAAUACACGUACAAAUAGUCCAGCCAAAAUGUUGUCAUUUCUUUUUCGGACUCACAGAAAAGAUGGAAUACUGUUUUACGCAGCCACUGAAAAGUAUUUUACAUUAAUUGAAUUACACGAAGGAAAAGUAAGUUAUACUUCAAAACAGAAUUCCGUGGUGAAUAUGACACAAAAUGAACAGAAUGAUGUGUCUGAUGGUACCUGGCAUAAUAUAACCUUAUUGUCUUUUGGAAGGAGUAUUCGAUUGUUAGUAGACAAUAAUGAUGUUGGGGAAGAGCUGGAUGCUGCUGGUGUACACGAUUUCUUAGAUCCGUAUCUCACUGUAAUGUCCCUAGGAGGAGUAAAAGCUGAAUUAUUAAUGACUUCGAGCCAAAACAAAUUUGAAGGUUGCUUAGCCAACUUUUCUAUUAAUAAUGAAAUACAGCCGUUUGCUGGGAAUGGAAGUAUUUUUAAGGAAACCAUUUUAAAAGGGAAAAUUCUAAAUGGUUGCCACAGUGCAUUUGGUAUUGGGGCAGCACAAAAUCCAGAUCCCCUGCGUAUUGGUAUUACACUUGUCAUUGUGUUUUUCGUAAUUUUACUUGUUGCUAUUUCCGUGUCCAUUAUAUUCUAUCGUUUACGAAAGCAAAAAAAGGAAAAAGUUGGUGGCUCCACAGGGAAAAUGAAUGCCGUUCAUUCGAAGCAAAAUGGUGGAACAUCCAUGUCUAAUGCACCAAACCUAAUAGCUGGAACCAAUGAAAGUUUGAUGAAUCGUGGCUUACACAACAAUGACACUAGCCUAAACAGUUAUAUUUCUGAAAGCGUUGAUAUAACACGUAAUGUCGGACAUAUUGUUGGUCCUGAACUUUUAUCAAAAAAAUAUAAAGACAGAGAAAUAAUGAAUAUAGACCCACUCAGGCCGCAACGUCCCGACAUCAUUGAACGAGAAGUUGUUGGGAAAAGCCCAGCUUUAAGAGAAGAUCAUCAUCCGCCUCCACCUCUUUCGACCAACACUUCACAUCACCAUGAUCAUCCAAGUGGAAUGGACCUAAAUUCAGAAAUACCAGAACAUUACGAUUUAGAAAAUGCAAGUUCAAUAGCACCUUCUGAUAUAGAUAUUGUUUACCACUACAAAGGUUUUCGAGAAGCGGCUAAUGUCCGAAAAUAUAAAGCAACUCCACCACCUUUAACCGGUUAUCAUCAUAAACAUCAAACACCUCAACAUCGUCACUCUCCUCAUCACCCAGGCGGAUACCCGUCCAGAGUACUACAGCAGGCUUCUCAGCCCCCACCCCAACCACGCCAACAUCAAACAACGCCACUUGCACGACUAUCACCAAGUAGUGAAUUAAGCCAGCAGCCUCGUAUAUUGACCCUGCACGAUAUAUCAGGAAAACCUUUGCAAAGCGCUCUACUUGCUACAACGUCCAGUUCUGGAGGUGUGGGCAAAGAUGCUUUACAUAGUAAUAGUGAACGUAGCCUAAACAGCCCUGUGAUGUCUCAGUUAAGUGGACAAAGUUCAUCAGCUGGAAGAAAGACACCCAGUGCUACACCCCAAGUACCUCAAGUAGUGUCCGUAGGAUCAGGGGCUGUCGGCUUAACUGCAGAAGAAAUAGAAAGAAUGAAUGCGAGACAAAGAACGUCGAGCUUAGUGUCAACAUUAGAUGCAGUUUCUAGCUCCAGUGAAGCACAACGAGGUACAGGAGUAGGACAUCACAUGUCACAUAGACAUCAUUCCCCUCAAGACGACAAUAGAAGUUCAACAGGGUCCGAUGAUGAAAGCGGUAAUGACAGUUUUACUUGCUCCGAAAUCGAAUACGAUAACAACAGUAUUAAUGCUGAAAAACUUGACGACGUUAGGAGACCAAAUGUGAGCAACGCAAAUAACACAAAGAAAUCAAUUUUACCGCCACCAUAUGAAAGUUUUGACUCUUCAUUUCGAGGCUCUUUAAGCACUCUAGUAGCUUCGGAUGAUGAUCUUGUGCCGCAUGUCAGUUCAGCUUUAUAUCGACAAGCGAAUGGUUCACCAGCCUCAGCCGCUCUCGGUUGGGAUCAUCUCUUUAACUGGAGACCCAAUUUCGAAAGUAUGAUCGGGGUUUUUAAAGACAUUGCUGAAUUACCAGACGCUGUCAACGGGCGUAUGUCAUCUUCGUUGAGACUUCAGAACGGCACGCCGAAACCUUCUGAAGAAUAUGUUUAAUAUGAUAAUAUAAGACUGUAAAUAAUACUUUGUUUUGAGUUUUGUAAAAACUGUUUCGUUGGGAUCUUGUAUCAAGAUUUCGCGUUCCAAGCCUCUUGCCAUAUAUUGUUAUUCUUUUUGUAUAAUAGUAUGUAAUCUUCUUGUGAUGUAUAGAUUAAUGUUUAAGCUAUCAAACCUCACUGUAAAUACGUAUACGUGUAGAUAUAUUUUAUAACGUUUAGGAUAUUUGCGUUUUGUACAGAAAAUCUGCAUUUGUUUUAUAUGAACAGAACAAAAUAAUUUCGACUCUGGAUGUAGGCAAUGUUCUCUAUUAUUUUUUACUGUAAAUAAGACAAAUACGCUUAUAGUGUGAAAUAUUUAUGUAAGUUUAAUUAUUGUGAUACAUGUUUUCUGGAAGCUAUUACUUUCAACUAUGUAGUAAUAAAUAGUACAUCCAGGGUUCUUUUUAAUGACGAUUGUAUUGAGCCAUAUUAUUAAUUAAUGAACAAAGUGCCAAAUGCGUUUUCUGUUAAAAGAACCGACUGAUUUAUACAAAUAAAUAAAAAAUGAAUUAUA